AUGGCUGCAACAUUCAAGUACUCUCUUGCCGGCAAGCCCAUCGGCCGUGAUGGCCUGGGCUUGAUGCGCCUGACAUGGCACAUUGCACCCCUUCCCGACUCUCAGACAUUCCCGAUCCUCAAAGCCGCCCUUUCAGCUGGCAUGACUGUCUGGAACGGCGCCGACUUUUAUGGCACAUCAGAAAACAACUCAUUGCACCUAAUCAACCGCUACCUGACCGCCCAUCCUGAAGAUGCUGAUAAAUUCGUGCUAUGCAUCAAGAGUGGUCUUCGUGAUCACGCAACAUACAAGAUGGAUUGUUCACCCGAAGGACUACGUGAAUUUGCGCAUCGGUCACUGGACAUAUUAAAAGGAACAAUGACAAAGAUCGAUAUCUUCGGUCUUUCGCGCGUUGAUCCCGAUGUUCCCGUGGAAGAAAGUGUGAAAGCUCUUGCCGAAUUGCGCGAAGGAGGAAGAAUUGGUGGCAUACAGCUUACCGAAGUAAGAGCCGAAACCAUGGGGCGCGCUUCCAGCGUUACAAAAAUCGAUAUAGUCGAAGCCGAAAUCAGCCUUUGGUCUACUGAGGUCUUCAGCAAUGGAGUAGCAGAGGCGUGUGCUGAGCACGGCAUAGUCCUGGUCGCACAUACUCCCCUUGGAGGCGGUAUUCUGACCGGCAAAUACGAAUCAUUCGACGAUCUUCCCGCCAUAAUGAAAGGUCGACCUCGGUUUGUGCCGGAAAAUGUCGAGAAUAACGUCAAGUUAAUCAAACAGGUCAAGGCAAUGGCAAGGUCAAAGGGCUGCACUCCGGCUCAAUUGGCGCUGUCAUGGGUCAAGAAGAAGGGUACUGAGCCUGGUAUGCCGGUCAUUGUGCCUGUUGUUGGUGCAAGAUCUCCGGAGACUGCGUUGGAGAAUGCGAAAGAUGUGGGGUUAACUAAUACUGAUAUGAAGCAGAUUCAGGACAUAUUAGAGUCAUUUCCAGUGCAGGGUGAUAGAUGGCCAGCAGGGCCGGCGAAGCUCAAUGAGUAUUGA